GCUCCAGGCGAUUGGUCAGCGCGGCCGCCGCUCAACGCUCCACUGUCUGCGGAUUGGUGCAGCGGCGCGGGCGGGCUCCUCCCUGGGCUCGGUCUUCAAGGCUCGCGGAGAGCGAAUGUCGUCAUGAGCGAACAACAGGACAGUAUGGCCACCACUGUUGCUGUCAGUCCCAGCGAAUACCUUCAGCCCUCCACCGCUUCCACGCAAGACACCCAGCCCUCCCCUCUGGCGCUCCUGGCUGCCACCUGUAGUAAGAUCGGCCCUCCUGCUGCUCAGGCUCCUGUCACCUCUCCUCCAGCACAGCCCCAGCCUCGCAGGCUCCUCCCCAUAAAGCCGGCUCCAAUCGCCCCUGCUCCGCCCAAAAACCUGGGUUUUCUGUCAGCCAAGGGCAAUGUGAUCCAGCUCCCUGCCGGCCUGGGCUCCACGGCUCCUGGCAGCCCCAUCGUCCUCACUAUUCAGCAGAGCCCGGCUCGCACCAACACCACGGCCCCCGCCAACAUCCAGUACCAGGUGGUGCCGCAGAUUCAGGGUCCCCAGACUAUCCAGGUGAUGCCACAGGGUGGUCAGAUCCAGCUCAUACCGGGCACCAACCAGGCCAUCAUCACCACCCCCAUGACUGUACCGGCCCCCGCCACCGCUCCGAUCACGCCUCAGAAGACUGUAGCCAUCAAGCCCUCCCCUAAGUUACGGAAGCCAAACAACUCUACUGCAAACAUGGUGCAGCUGCCCAGCGGGCUCACGCUGCCGCUCAACGUGGCGACCGGAGAGGUGGGCGGGGCUCAAAUCGUCACAGAGACGGCAGCCGCCCCUCCCACCCCUGGAAAGGGACGACGAGGGAGGAAGAAGAAAGUGGUUCUGGCUGCGCAGCCUCCGAUUCCUCCUCCUGCACAGGCUGCCUCCCCUCCCCCAGAGCAGAUGGAGACCAUCCUGAUAGAAGCUGGUGACAACAUCAUACAGGCUGGUAACAACCUACUGAUCGUGCAGAGUCCCGGGCAGCCGGCUGUGGUGCAGCAGGUCCAGCUGGUCCAGCCCAAACCCGAAUCUCAAGUGGUCCAGAUCCCGCAGCAGGCCCUGAAAGUGGUGCAGGCCGCCUCCGCCACGCUGCCGCCCGUCCCACAGAGACAGUCGGUCCCUUCGAACCUGCAGGUCACUCCGACAGAGCCGUCACCAACACAGAUCCUCUUCAAAACAGCGUCGGGCGAGUGGCAGUCAGUUCUGCUCCAGGACUCGGUCUCCACGACAACGACCCCCACCACGUCGGUCGCCACCACCACGACUUCGCCGCCGGCCAGCACCAAAAAGACGCCGGCAGGGGGCCGGAAGGAAAGGACUCUGGCAAAAAUCGCCCCGGCGGGGGGGAUGAUAGCGCUGAAUACGUCGCAGCUCCCCUCGGCGACUCAGGCGGUGCAGACGAUCAGCAUCAACGGGGUCCAAGUUCAGGGAGUUCCUGUCACCAUCACCAACGCAGGGGAGGACGGAGUUAGUUGGUUUUCUCUGGAGGAAGACAAAGAACGUUAUAGACCAGAACCAGAACCAUUUGGCCAGCAGCACCUCACGGUGCAGACAAUGCAGGGCGGGGGGCUCCAGCUGGCGACGACGCAGGGCCAGCCGACCAUCCAGGUGGACCAGACCCUCACUUUGGAGCUGCCCGGUCAGCCAGGAGAGAAGAAGAGACGCAUGGCCUGCACCUGCCCCAACUGCAAGGACGCAGACAAGAGGCCCGGGGAGGUGGGGAAGAGGAAGCACAUCUGUCAUGUCCCCGGCUGUGAGAAGACGUUCAGGAAAACGUCGCUGCUCAGAGCUCACGUCCGGCUUCACACCGGCGAGAGGCCCUUCGUCUGCAACUGGGUUUUCUGCGGCAAACGUUUCACACGCAGCGACGAGCUGCAGCGGCACGCCAGGACGCACACAGGAGACAAGCGCUUUGAGUGCAGCCAGUGUCAGAAACGCUUCAUGAGGAGUGACCACCUGGCGAAGCAUUAUAAGACUCACAUAAACACCAAGAACCUGUGAGCCGGCUGUAUACUGAGUAUAUACGCAGACAAACUCUCGGAGACUAAAGACUGAGUUAGAGGAAGGAGGCGUAGAGGAGACGACACCGAUGGAGUGUGUGUGACUUAUCCCAUAAUGGGAAAUACUCCAAAUAACAGUCCCUAUACCCCCCCCCCCCCCCCCCCCCCCGCUCCUCUAGGACACUGUGUAGAGUGGUGUACAAAGAAAUCCUUCCUGGUGGACUUCAAACUGAUCCAGCAAAUUUAUUAAUAAUAGAUUUUUUUUUUGUUUUGUUUUUCUCUCUGGUCUGAGUCGAGGCCAGAACCAGCUCAAACUGAACAUGCGAGAAGACGAGACGGCGAGGCUUCAGAUUGAGAUGCUUAACUCUUCUUGCUUAUUUAUGAACUUCUCUUGCGGAAGAACAUACACAGAAUUAUUCAGACACCAACACCCAAGACCACAGGACUCCAGUCACAGUUUCCAUCUCUGUGGUUUUGUUUUUCUGCCCCUAAAUCCUGCCUGUUUCUUGUUUUUUUUUGGUUUAAUUGUGGAACACUGGGACAAGAGCUCUGAGAAAUUGGCCGACAAGAACCAAAAAAGGAAAAUAAUUUAACACUGUGUUUUGUAAAUUUAUCAGAAAUGUGAGAAAUGUGUUUUUACCUCAGUGGAUUGGUAAUUUUGUUUUAAGUUAUUUGUGUUUUACUGAAAAAAGUUGAGAAUCGUUAUAAAAAACUCCCCACCGCAAGACUUUUGAAGAUCAUUAGAAGUUUACAUUGGCUAUUUUUAAAGUGUGUAAAUCCAUACUAUUAAACAUAAUAUUAAUAAUGUUAAUAAACUAUUUAUAACAUUUUUUCCAUACAAUUGUUCCAAAUUGAUUUACAAAGUAGGCAUGUAAAAUAAAAAAGAAAAAGACUAAAUGAAAGUUAAAGUUAAAAAACGAGGUGAAAAAAUUUACAGCAGAAAUAUGAAGAGGAUAUAAAAGAACCAAUUAACACAUGUACUAAUUUGCUUUGAGGGUACAGAUGAGGCAAUACAACGUCUGGUAUCUCUGAUCAGAACAAAACAACAACACUCAGUUCAGACUUGGAAAUGGUUAAAUCUGCAGUUCGGGGCCAGAAGUCACUGUGCCUUAAAAGUUGUUGUUAAUAUCAAUUUACAAACAAACAUGCCACAAGCAAAGAGCUGCUGGAGAUGGAGGAUUGUGUUGGUGUCUUGGGGAAGAGUCACAUGCAGUGAUCUGAACGCAACGAAAAUGAUGGUACAGAACAAAUUUCAAGGAUGUUAAAUGUUACAGAAUAAAUCUAAAAUCUUAAAAAGUUGAGGCUUUUGAAGGGACUUGACUUUCCCAGUUUUUAUUGGUACAUCAAAUAAAUGUUCAUAUCUUCAAAAUCAACACUAUGAUGAUUUCAGUAUAUACUAAUGGAGAAUAAUAGAGGACCAAGGAUUGAUCCUUGUGGAACACCAGAUUUAAGAGAAUUUUAAAUUUACCUGCCCCACCAAAUUUUCCAAGUGAUUAUGCAGUGUUUAAUCAACCAUAUCAAAAGCUGUGUUGUGAUCAAGGAAAGUAGGAUGUCAUCUUUUGUUAACCACAAGGAAGAGAUCAUUAAUAACGUCUCAGAUGAGUGGAGGACUCUAUCUAUCUAAAGAUGUGAAGGAGGCACUGUUAGAAACAUAAAUAUAAAAAAUUGCGGUUUUUACGGAUAGUUUUGUAACCGAUAAGACUAUGUGGAUCCAUGUUGGGUUUUCUUUUUUUCUGUUGAUGUUUUUCUAUAGAUGAAACAUUCGUGGCAGGCUGUACCAAUAACAAGUCCAAGUUGUGUGGUCGUGAUGAUGUCCAAGGAAAUUGAUGAUUUUGACGUAUGAAACUACAGUAUGUAUACUACCUAAAAUUCUCUACCUUUAGAGAAGUGCUGCAAAAAAACACCUUAAUUUCCUGUGUUGUCAACGGCGAUGGGGCUGAGUUAAUGCCCCUAACCCAAAUCCAAGAGUUUUUAAAAGUUUGAGAAACAAGAUCUAAGAGUUUUCUUGAGUCUCCAGGUGCUAAGGAUUAAAUUCAGUGAAAUAUUAGUGAUUAGAGGCGUCUGUCGCCUGGUGAUAAACCCGCUCAUACUACUCUUUUCUCUCUGAGAUCCAACCAAGGUUGCUGUAUAGUUGGUUAUCUAGCUUGGAUACCACAACAGGUACGCUCACAUCAAGGGCUGGGUGUCAAACUUCAAUAUUUUUUGGUACUGAAAUGUGUCUGUGUGUAUCUGAGAGGUGGAGUAAUGAGGCACCAAAUGUUCGGCCAAAUCCAUAUUCUUUACUUGUUGUUUAAUCCCAUUUUUCUACUUUCAGACAGUAUUCUAUUUAAGUUCUUUAAUGGUUUCUUGUUACAUUUAUCUUUAAUAUCAACUCAACAACUUCUACUUCUUUUGUUAACCGAAGAAGUUUUUUAUCGUGGCGUAUAUUUUAUUUUAGAAAAAUAUGUUUGACUUCUCAAAGAAAGGUGUCCAAAAAAAGUGAAAAGUUGGUACCUGUACCAAACGAUACUCAGCCGUACUUGCCACUCCUUGUGUACUUAUAAAAAAAAGAACAACAAAAUUCCAGGGUAACUCUGCUAUUCUGCUUUACAGUUUUGAUUUGGUGAUUUGUAGCCUAUGCAUUGCUGUAAAUAUGAUUGAAUUCCCAAUUGUUUGGCCUGAAUUGACAAUCACGUCACAAAAUGCAAAAAAAGGAAAAAAAAAAAAGCUUUCUCAGGCCUUCGAUCAGUUACUUUGUACAUGAUUUUUUCCAGCUAUGUGAUAGCUUUAAUUCUGAAUUUACACUUGAGAAGUUUUUGUUGAUAUACUGAUGACCAGCAUUAGGCCUACUGUACAGUAUUCACACAAGUUACUUAAAUAUAAUUUGCUUUACAGCAAACAUACUGUUGCUUAUAUCGUUUUUGAUAUAAUGAAGAUGUAGUGACCUUUCACUAACAGGUCAUCAGUCAGUUCGAAGCCUGGAUUUGUAUCAGAGUUCCUUCUAUUUAAGAAAUACACCGACAGACGAUUAUUAAAAAAGCUCUUUGGUCAAAUUAGCUCAGUGCCAUCAGACAGCAGGUAGUUGAGUUUUCACUGUGGCGUGUUUUAAUACUGUGACAUACAUGUUCAAUGGAUGGUGCAGCCUUGCUAGACACUAUCCAACAACUACUUCUCUUUACACAACAGAGAAAUUUGACCAAAAAGCUCAGGUCAAGUCAGAUUUACUUUUAAAGCACUUUGAACCAGUUUUGUGAAGUGCUUCAAGGGGGGGCAACAGUCGAUGUAAAGCUUAGGUGGCCAAUAUUUGGUGUAUUUUUUUAAAUGUGUCUGAAGACAUGCGAUGCCAUUGGGAUGGAUAGACAGAGCCUGCUCAUAUUUAUGUUUGUAUUUCAUGUCUAAAUAUGUAAAUACAGUGUGUGUCUGGUAGACACAGUAAAUGUAGGAUAUUGAAAAACAAGAGUUAAGCUGCCUAGUGUUGUGAUUGGCGUGGCCAGCCCUGAAGGAAAUGGACUUUGUACAGUGUGUAAGGAAUAAAAUAUAAUGUGACAUUGUAUAGCUUCAUUCCUGCUUUGUAUAAGACUUCUAGAUCUUUUUUCUAUUGAAUUAAAGAUGCCUUAGAUAGCUGCACCCAGUAUUUAAUAAUGUUCUUUUUCUGUCUAAUUCCAGGUAACAACAUUUAUAAAAUUCCUUUUGUGUUUUUAACUUAUGUUACAUGCUAAUGUCAUGUGCACUGUUUAAAAUCCCAGGUUCCAAAAUUUGUAAAUUUAAUCUUGAUUGUAAUUAAACAUAAUAAGAUUUUCCAAAUUAAGACAUUUCUAUUGCUUGGUUUCUGUGAAUUAAAUGCUUCUCCUUCUCCGAGCCCGUCUGUCAUAUAAUGUUCUGCAGCCAAUUUCUUGUGUACAUCUGGAGAACCCAGAGAACCAGCAAUUCAUUUUAUAACUUGUAUAAAGGUGCUAAAACAUAAAGUUUGCUCCUUUUUUACAGUCACCCCCUCAAUAAAGAACUCAAACCA